AUGCUUUCUCGGAUCAAAAAACAACAGGCUGAGGCACGCGACGCCAGUGCUCAGAGUCAAGGCAACAACAACAGUAAUAAUAAUAAUAGUAAUAGUAGCGGUGGUAAUGGUAGUACUGGUGGUGGUCAUUUAGCGAUGAGUAGUGAACCUGUGGCAAUUCUUCGUCUUAAAAAUGAUUUGGAUAAUUUAGAUGGAAUCCGCAGUAAAGUGGAGAUUCCUGAUCCACAUAAUAUACUUCGAAUGAAAGUUACGGUGAAACCCUCCUAUCCAUCUAUCUGGCAUGGUGGUUUAUUUGAAUUUCUUUUAGAGUUCCGUGAGGCUUACCCGUUUGAAGGUCCAAAGGUUCGGUAUUUAGGCCCUCAUCGUAUUUGGCAUCCAAAUAUUGAGGGAGAUGCCUUUACUGAAGGUGAGGGAGGAGUGAAACAAACUUUAAAGAAAGAAUGGGGUGUGUGUUUGAGCUUUCAAACAGAAUGGAAGCCAACACUUAGUCUACGGGAUAUUAUUAUUAUGAUUGAAUUGCUAUUUCAAGAUCCCAAUCCCGAUGAUCCUCUACAUGGAACCUCAAAGGAGGCGGCACAGAUGAUGAAAGAUAAUCCUGCUAUGUUUAAGGAUAAAGCACGGCGAUGGAUGCAAGGUUUGUAUGUGGAUUGA